ACAACCACGAAUCAUUACCUUACCUUCUGAAUUUAUCUGAAAUAGCCGCCAGGAUAUUUGAAAUCGAGAGGUGGGGUGAACUUCUUGACUAUCUUUUACACGCCCUUAACACGAACUUCGAAACAAGGCAAGAAAUGGCACUCAGGGUGUUAUCGACUUUGCCCGAGUCGAGGGAAGAGUGUCUCGGGGCAUACAUAUUUUGGUGGGCCAACCAUAAGUCGCUUAACGUUAGAUUCGGCGAGCUAUUUGAUUCCCCCAAUCUCAACAUCCAGGCUCUGACAUUCGAUGCCUCCGUUAAAUUGGUACGCCUGCUGCACCGAUGGAGGUUUUACAGCGAAAUCGAUGUCCUAUUACCAAAGAUGAUUUCCUUCCUGCGAGCAUUUCACUUGGACGGUCGAACCCAUAUCGUGGAACCAAGAAUAAUGGAUUUGGUGGAAUUGGCUAGAUAUCAUACGGACCGUUUUUUGAUGCAACUUGAUGUUGUCUUGGACUGCAUGUUCCGAAUUGCCGUGACUGCAGAUGGCAACAUUUUUCUCACGUUCCAAGCGAUUAAAAUUAUUAAGAUGCUCGAUGAACAGGCUUUGAGGCGAGUUUCAGAGUUUCUUGUUGAACUUUCUGUGGAGGCUAGAUGCAGUAUUUUCCAGAAUUGCGUGCGCUUGCUGCUUUGUAUCGCAGAUGUUCCUGCUUGGUAUGAUGUAGAGAGUACAUCGAGUGGAUAUAUGGGGAUCUCAGAGAAGUAUCGCCUAGGAAAGUUCUUAUUGUUCCGGGUCUGCUGGCAUUCACCCGAAGACAUACCACUUUCCAUUGGAUUUGAGAUGGUACCACAGUAUUUGAUUUCUGAAAAUUGGCAGGUUCGUCACGCAGGACUGAUUGUCUUCGCUGCAACUGUAAGCGCAUGUGGCCGGCCCGAAAUGAUAUGUGACCAUGCUGAGAGGGUGCUAGAGAUCUCGCUGACUGAUGCCCACCCUCGCGUUCUUUGGGCUGCGAUUGAUGCAAUUAUAUGUCUAACUUCAGACUCCGAUCAAAAGCAUGUCCGAUAUCUAAAUAAGUUCGUCCCGAGACUAGUCGCCAUAAUUAGAUCAGCUUCAAUUUAUCCCCGUUUGCAGUUGCAUGCUGUUAUAGUAACUGGUCGCUUGAUUAAAUAUUGCGGCGAUGAAGAAGUGAAGUCGUUCUCGGAAGAUCUGGUGCCUGAAUUGCUAAAAUUUCUAAAGUUUUAUGCAAAUAACCACCUGCAGCGAGGAGGGAAGUUCCGGGAAGAAGCUACGGAAACUCUGAGACCAUUGGCAGUAUCAUUUUCGGUUGUUUUACGCAAGUACUAUCAGGAGACAGUAGAUUCCUUGAAACCGCUUAUAUCUCAAUUAUUGCUUGGGGCAAAAUCCAUAGAAUCCUUGAGUUAUAUUUUCUCAGCGUUUCUCUGGGACCACUCUGCUCUUUCUCUUUUAAAAAAUGCUGGAGAGGUAACCACUACUAUCAAUUUUUUUUUUGGUACAACAUACUAAUAAUGUUUUUUUAAUUAACGUAAUCAUUAAUAAUUCUUAGUG